AUGGACCUGGAGGAGAAACGGGAGAAGCGCCCGCCCGUCACCCCCAUGAUGAUAGAGGAGGAAGCCGCCCUGCGGAACGGCAGCCGUGGGCUGCCGCCAGGCUCUUGGGCCGAGGCGGCGGGACCGAGACCCCGCACUACGGAGCGGCACAUCGCCGUGCAUAAGCGCCUGGUGCUGGGCUUCGCCGUCUCCAUCCUGGCGCUGCUGGCGGUGACCAUGAUCGCCGUGCUGCUCAGCGUCCGCUUUGAAGAGUGCAGCGCCGCUGCCGACGGCCCGCCGCGGGGCACCGGCAACGGGAGCCUCCCGGGUCCAGCCCGGCAGCCGCCCGGCGCAGGGCAACCCCCUGGCCGGCCGGAGCAGGAGGAGGAGGAGAAGGAGGCGCGGGGCGGGGAAGUGGCGGAGGAAGAGGAGGAGGAGGAGUGGCAGCGGCGGCGGGAGCUGCCGCCCUGGACCCGGCCGCGGCUCCCGCGGCACCUGCGGCCGCUGCACUACAACCUGAUGCUGAGCGCCUUCAUGGAGAACUUCACCUUCAGCGGGGAGGUGAACGUGCAGCUGGAGGUGCUCAACGCCAGCCGGUACAUCGUGCUGCACGCCCACCGCAUGCACAUCGAGGCGGUCCGCGUGGCCGAGGACAAGCUGGCCGGCGGUGUGCGGGUGGACCGUUCCUUCUUCUACCCCCAGACCCAGGUCUUUGUCGUAGUCCUCAACCGCAGCUUGGAGGUGCAGAAAAGUUACAACCUCAAGAUCAUCUACAACGCCCUCAUCGAGAACGAGCUGCUGGGCUUCUUCCGCAGCUCCUACGUCCUCCACGGCGAGAGAAGGUUUCUUGGUGUUACACAGUUUUCUCCUACUCAUGCCAGGAAAGCUUUUCCUUGCUUUGACGAGCCUAUCUACAAGGCCACUUUCAAGAUCAGCAUCAGGCAUCAAGCAACUUACUUAUCUUUGUCCAACAUGCCAGUGGAAACUUCUGUUUUUGAAGAAGAUGGAUGGGUUACAGAUCACUUUUCACAGACCCCUCUCAUGUCCACGUAUUACCUGGCUUGGGCAGUGUGCAAUUUUACAUACCGGGAAACUGUCACCAGGAGUGGAGUAGUUGUACGGUUAUAUGCAAGGCCUGAUGCAAUCCGAAGAGGAUCAGGGGACUAUGCCCUAAAUAUUACAAGGAGACUCAUUGAAUUUUAUGAAGAUUAUUUUAAAGUGCCAUAUUCCCUGCCAAAAUUAGAUCUGUUAGCUGUGCCUAAGCAUCCAUAUGCUGCUAUGGAGAACUGGGGACUGAGUGUUUUUGUGGAGCAGAGGAUACUGCUAGAUCCAAGCAUUUCUUCUAUAUCAUACCUACUGGACGUCACCAUGGUCAUUGUACAUGAGCUGUGUCAUCAGUGGUUUGGUGACCUUGUGACUCCAGUUUGGUGGGAGGAUGUGUGGCUGAAAGAAGGAUUUGCUCAUUACUUUGAAUUUGUUGGGACAGACUACCUCUACCCAGGGUGGAACAUGGAAAAACAGAGAUUUCUGACAGAUGUCCUGCAUGAAGUGAUGUUGCUGGAUGGUUUGGCCAGCUCACAUCCAGUAUCCCAGGAGGUGCAGCAAGCCACAGAUAUUGACAGGGUGUUUGACUGGAUUGCCUAUAAAAAGGGUGCAGCUCUAAUUCGAAUGUUGGCUAACUUUAUGGGUCACUCUGUGUUUCAAAUGGGCUUACAAGACUAUUUAACCAUUCACAAAUAUGGUAAUGCAGCCAGAAAUGAUCUCUGGAACACACUGUCAAAGGCAUUAAAAAGGGUUGGAAAAUCUGUAAAUAUCCAACAAGUAAUGGAUCAGUGGACACUACAGAUGGGUUAUCCUGUCAUCACUAUCUUGGGAAAUGAAACUACAGACAGUGUCAUAGUGAUCUCUCAAGAGCGUUUUGUUUAUGAUAUUGAUGCUAAACCCAAGGAUCCUGCCCUUGGAGACAGCAGCUACUUGUGGCAGAUUCCAUUAACAAUUGCAGUAGGAAAUACGAGCCACAUCUCAUCAGAGGCAAUUAUAUGGGUGUCUAACAAAUCAGAACACCACAGAGUUCCUGCUUUGGAAGAGGCAAGUUGGUUGCUGGGGAACAUCAACCAGACUGGCUACUUUAGAGUUAAUUAUGAUAUUAGGAAUUGGAGGCUGCUAAUUAAUCAGCUAACAAGGAACCACGAGGUUAUCUCUGUCAGUAAUCGAGCAGGCUUGAUCGAUGAUGCAUUCAAUCUAGCCAGAGCUGGUUAUUUGCCUCAGAAUAUCCCUUUGGAGAUUAUCAGAUACUUUUCAGAGGAGAAGGAUUUUCUGCCUUGGCAUGCUGCCAGCCGAGCUCUUUAUCCUCUAGAUAAAUUGCUGGACCGAGCAGAAAACUACAACAUCUUCAAUGAGUAUAUAUUAAGACAAGUUGCAUCAAUGUAUCUCAAGCUUGGAUGGCCAACGAAUAAUUUAAACAAAUCUCUUGUUCAAGCAUCAUACCAACAUGAAGAGUUGCGUCGAGAAGUCAUCAUGUUGGCCUGUAGCUUCGGUAACAAACAUUGUCACCAGCAGGCUGCAACUUUAAUCUCGGAUUGGAUUUCUAGCAAUAGGAACCGAAUCCCACUCAAUGUGAGAGACAUUGUCUACUGUACAGGAGUUUCACUGAUGGAUGAAGAUGUAUGGGAGUUCAUCUGGAUGAAAUUUCAUUCUACUACAGCAGUGUCUGAGAAGAAAAUAUUAUUAGAAGCCUUAACAUGCAGCGAUGACAGGAACUUGCUCAAUAGGCUUUUGAAUUUGUCUCUCAACUCAGAAGUUGUCCUGGAUCAGGAUGCAAUUGAUGUAAUAAUUCAUGUAGCUCGAAAUCCACAUGGAAGGGAUCUUGCUUGGAAGUUUUUCAGAGAAAAAUGGAAAAUCCUAAAUGCAAGGUACGGAGAAGCAUUAUUUAUGAAUUCGAAGCUUGUCAGUGGGGUCACAGAAUUCCUCAAUACUGAAGAAGAACUAAGAGAGCUAAAGAACUUUAUAAAGAGUUACGAAGGAGGAGCUGCUGUCUCUUUCUCUCGUGCCGUGGAAACAGUGGAAGCCAAUGUGCGGUGGAAAAAGCUUUACAAAGAAGAACUAUUCCAGUGGCUAAGAAAAUCCUUGACACAUUAA